AUGGCAGAGCCGCGUCUGAUCGAUACCGUGGGCGAGUGCCAAGCGGCUGUGGCGCAGCUUGAGACAGAGAAUGUGAUUGCCGUCGACAUCGAAGGCAUUGAUUUGGGCCGUCAAGGCGAAGUUUGCUUGAUCCAGGUGUACGGCGUAUCCAGUCCCAGCGUCCUCUUGUUUGACGUAUUUACAAUGGGACCAGAUGCGUUUGAUUCUGGCGGAUUGCGACGAUUAUUGGAGUCCGACACUGUGACGAAGCGUAUUUUCGACGUCCGAGCGGACGGCGAGGCCUUGAACAAUUACCACAAUGCGAAGCUACGAGCUGUUUAG